UUUCUACUCCUGUUUGAAUAUGUUAUGUAUUAUCAUUUAGAAAAACUUGGAAAAAAUGGUUUUAAUUUAUUUUAACAUGUUGAAACUAAAACCUAGACAUCAUUGUCUGUGACAAAUUCAAAUCAUCUUGGUCUUUUCGUGUUUGGAAGAUUAAAGAGGAACUCAUUUGGAUUGCGUUACAGAAACAAUCUGAUGAUGCAAAUGAUAAACGAGUAGAAGUUUUUUAUAUAGCUGCUGUACAGGAACCUGGUCAUACUGAAAAGAGAAGAUAGACACAUGUAAAUGUUCUACCUGUGCGUAUCCAUGAUGUUUUUAAUGUGGUUAUUUGUCAUGAGUGUGUUUCACUCCUCUUUAGGACAGAAUAGUUUUCUCCGUGCAUACUCUCCUGGGAAUAUCAUCAUUGGUGGACUUUUCCCCAUUCAUUUAAAAACUAAUAGGACUAACACUUCUGCACCUCUCUCCUGUAGUGACUAUGGUUUAAAAACAUUCCUGCACAGUCAAGUGAUGAUAUACGCCAUCAACAAAAUCAACCUACCUAACAUCACGAUAGGAUACGACAUCUAUGACACUUGUGGAGAUGUCGGCCUCGCCUUGAGAGCAACUCUCCAGCUGCUGAAGAAUCAGUCAGACCCAGAAAGCUGUUUAGUGCCAGCAGAUGCUCAGUCCAAGUUACUUGAACCCAAAACCAAGGUGGUGAUCGGGGAAAGGUACUCAGAAGUAUCAAUAGCUGUUGCACGACUUGUUGCUCUGUCUUCAGUUGCCCAGAUUAGUUAUGCAUCCACAAGUGAGCUGCUGAGCAGCAAGUUCAAGUUUCCCACUUUUCUGCGAACCGUGCCUAGUGACAAAUAUCAGACAAGAGGUAUUAUUGAGCUGGUGAAGAUAUUCCAUUGGAAAACAGUGAUUAUUGUGGGAAGUGAUGAUGAGUAUGGGAAAUAUGGCAGUGAUAGCCUUCAAGACAACUUCAACAAAAAGAGCAUCUGCAUUGAAUUUGUUCACAUCUUGUCCGCUGAUUUUACGACAAACAAUAAUAGCAUGGACCAAACUGAGCUGAAUGAACUACUGGAAAAAAUUCAAAACUCUUCUGCUGAGGCCAUCAUCAUCUUCACAAAGGACACUAAUGCAGAAAUCAUCCUGGAAGCAGCUAUUAAACACAGAGUCAACAGAACGUGGAUUGCAAGUGAUGCAUGGUCCAGCUCUUCAAAGAUCUCUGCAAUGUCAGACAUCAAACUGGCAGGAGAAGUUUUUGGGUUCAUAUAUAAGCAGAAAGAGGUGCCUGGCUUUAAAGACCAUGUCAUGUCGAUGUUUAAUGGAACUAAUAACACAAUUCUUAGAGAUUACCAGACGCAGCAUCUACUUUCUUUAAAUAAGUCUGAAGAAGAAAGAAACCAAUAUCUGGCUUCUUACAUCGACCAGGAUGAAUCUUAUGGUAUCUAUAUAGCAGUUCGAGUCAUUGCUGAAGGGCUCAGACGCUUGCUGAAGUGUAACGACCAUCUGUGUGAACGAAGCUCCAGUUUCACAGCCUUAGAGCUUCUAUCGGAAAUCCAGAAAGUAAACUUUACUGAGAACAACACACAAAUAUACUUCGAUAGUGAUGGAGAUCCCAGUUUGGGAUAUGAUAUUGUAUACUGGAACAGGUCUGAUUGCAACAAGAGUAUGAUAAUACAAACUAUUGGAGAAUACAGUCCAGAUGGAAAAAUUACAGUCCAAACAGACCUUUUCAGACACCUCAUAAAUGACAUGGUCUCUGUUUACAAUUGCUCAAAAAAAUGUGAAGGAGGACAAGGAUUUACAUUAAAAGGAAAGUGUUGCGGAGUUUGUGCUCCGUGUGCAAGUGGAGAGAUUUCUGAUGGAAAUCAUUCAACAUGCAAGCAUUGUGAAGAUGGGGCAUAUUCUCAUCCUAAAGAGAAUACAUGUUUGAAAAAAAGGGAUGACUAUCUCGAUUGGGAAGAUCCCUUCUCAAUCAUUCUCAGCUCCCUUGCAGUCGUUGGGAUCAUUGCUACCGUUGUGUUUGCUGUUCUGUUUGCAGUAUAUCUGAAAACUCCCAUUGUGAAAGCAGUUGGAGGUUAUUUGUGUUUUCUGGAGCUUUUUGCAUUGCUGGCUGGCUUCUGUCUUACAUUCACCUUCAUAGGCAAACCUACUGAGAAGAUUCACUGUGUAGGUGUUCCUCUCUUCGGCAUAGCCUUUACUCUCUGCAACUCUUGCAUUCUGGCAAACUUGCUUCAGAUCUUCUUGGGCUUCAAGUUUGACCUUAAGGCAGAGUCUUGGAUAAAGAAGCUGAAUAAGCCAUUGGUGGUGGUGACCAUCAUCUCUGGGAUUCAGUUAGGCCUAUCUGUCUCAUGGCUGACCAAAGAACCACCACAUCCUGACAAUAAAUCUUUAGAUUACACUAUCCUAUACAACUGUAAGAUUGAGCCCCAUACAUACUUUAUAGCCAUGUUAGUCUACAACACUUUCUUGGGCCUUAUUUGUUUCCUGUUUGCAUUCAAAGGUAGACAGCUGCCAGAUUUGUACAAAAAUGCUUCUUUGAUCACCAUCAGUAUGCUGCUGUUUAUAGUCAUGUGGAUCAUCUUCCUCCCCAUUUAUUUGACCUUGACAGGGAAAUACCAACCAGCAGUACAAAGUGCAGCCAUCCUCACUUCCUGCUUCAGCAUCCUUGGUUGUCAUUUGGCCCCAAAAUGUUAUAUUAUGUUGUUCAGGAAAGAGCUUAAUCAUGAGCGCGCCAUUGCUGAAUACAUUAGGAAGUUUUAUGAGCAAAAGGGUAUUUCUGUGGUCCACUCGCAGUGUCACACUUAAAUUGUUCUGCAAAGGAAUGACUCUUCCUGUGACAACGUUUUAAUCAAUAUGUCUUUCUAGCAAUUUAAUAUGUGAUUUUUCCAUAGGCUGUAUAUAAAGGAUGAAUGCAGCCACUGCCACAUUACCUAUUGGUUAGUGAAUUCCUGUUGUGAAGCCUCCAGCUGAGUUAGGGACCACGUUGGGAAGGCAGUGUCUCUUUGUCUCAUUGGCACCCUUCUGAUUAAUCCCUUUUUUAAAUGUAAUUUACAAAAUGAGCUAUUAUUGUGUUCAGCAAGUCUAAUUUAACCCUAACCCCCUAACUCAGGGGUCGGCAACCCGCGGCUCCGGAGCCGCAUGUGGCUCUUUAGUCUUUAUUUUGCAGCUCCGGGUGGUUUGGGAAAUGAAAUUAGAAGUAUUUAGCUGAAGUGUAUUUUAUUUGUGUUUAGUUCUUUUUUUAACUUGUAGUUCUAAAUUGGAAGAUUA